GUUUAUUGCUAGAUGGUCAACGACAUACUACUAAGAUGACAGAAACCAAUCCAUGCCGUACAGAGAGACGUAGUAGUUGGCGUACCCGCGUUAACAUGCCUCCAAAACCAUUGUCUAUUAUGGGGAGUGUCAUGCCGAUUAACGUCCGAGGGCUGUAUCCUAGGCUGUUGGGUGAUACGACCUUCAUUUUCCUGCCUCACGGCUUGGGUCCUGAUAACGCUUCCUGUCAUCUUUAGAACUACGUCCACGAUUCAUCUACCAGUACUCCAUCAUCGAGGCUAGCGGGCUGCCAAGCUGACCAAACUGGCCCUGAAAGCAGCCGUUGUGAAGAAGUAAAAUCCAAAAUAGUCAACAAACCAAAAACAACUCACCAAAACCAAGAUGGCGGCCUCCAUUCGGCGUCCUUUGCUACCCGUUCCUGACCCACGGCACAAAACAUUUAAAUGCUCACCAAUCGUCUUCGGGCACCGAGCCGACCGUGCGAGGGCUGAAAAGCCAGUCAAGGUCGUUAAACACUUCCAUAUAUAUAUUCUGCCUCAUUUUAUUCUAAGGCUAGAACGAGUAAAGUAAAGUAAAAAUAAAAUUGCUGAAUCAGCAGACACGACUCGUGUCUAUACUUUAUAAUGUCUAGUACUGAAGACUCCGACUCGGGUCUUUCCCAGUCCAGCCAAGUGGCGGCGGACAUUAUGUCCAUUCUGGCUUCGGGGGACGAAGCUAGUUUCUCUGGGUUUUCUGCAGUGGCUGAUGAGUCAGUACACUUCUCACCACCCAAAAAGAGACAAUUAAAGUCGGUCGUGGUUCCCCCAGAAAGUGUUAAGAAAUUAAAGAAAACUAGCACAAGUAAACAAAACAAUGAAAGAGGCCCGGGUAAGGGACCUGGCAAGAACAAGAAAGGAAAGGCUCCCGUAAAACGGGGAAACAUUACAAAACCUUCAGAUAAAGAUAAAGAAAGAGAAGAUGAAUUCAGAAGAAUUUAUUCUAAACUAGAACUCUUGUUAGACAGGCAAAAUAGUAAUGCCGACAGAUAUGAAGUAGCGAGUGCACCGGAACACCCGGUUGCACCGGAAGAUGACGAAGGUGAAGGUGAAGUUGACUUUAGUCAAUAUGACAUUUUUGGAAACAAUGCAGAUGAUGAGUUUGAAUCAGAGGUAAACAGCGAGGAAGAGUUCGCUUAUGCUAUACCAAAAAUUUUUGAAGAUGAUGACAAGUUUGGUGACGAAACACAUAAGAGUAUCGCUGCUCUUGUAAACGCUGUGACAAAUCGUAAGUCUGUUAUUACAGAAAUAGCUAAGGAUUAUAAAGUUCCUUCAAAUAGCAAGUCUUUGGCACCUCCUAAAGUUAAUCCUGAGAUUUGGCAUCUAUUGAAUCGCCAAGCCAGAAGUGAUGAUCUGUCAUUUCAGACCAUACAAAGGAUCUUGGGUUUUGGCAUUGUACCAGUAAUACGUACUGCAGAAGCACUGACGAAACCAGAUGCAGUAAAAACGGUGGCUAAAAUGAGGGUCAACAUUAAUAAUGCCCUGUCAAUGCUUUGUGCAGCAUUUUUUGAAAUAUCAUAUGUUAGACGCAUGACACUGAAAAACAAUAUGGAUCAGAAGUACCAUCAACUGUGUACAAGACAUUUAGACGUUACCGAAUAUUUGUUCGGAGAUGAUGUGUCCAAGAAAGUUAAAGAUAUUAAUGAUGCCCAGAAGAUGAAGGGAGUUGUAAACACAGCUACUUCAAAAAACUGGAGACAAGGGGGUUGCAGCUAUGGUUGCCCCCCAGGUAUAAACAGGGGCAGAGGAAGAUACCAAAACAACAAUUAUGGCCAAAGAGGCAUGAGAAACUCCCGCUACAGAGGGAGAGCUGGUUACAGAAACCAAAGAGGCAGGAGAUAUUAGAGUAUCAUAGCAAGAAUUUUGAACAAGGUAGAAGAGGAACAGGAGUUCCAUUCUUACAGAAACCGAUAACAUUGUACGUGGAUUGACCAGAGCCGUCGAUUUUUCCAGGAUUGUGUUCAUGGUGUUGUGUUGGAUAUAUAAAUGAACUUUAUGGACUUUGUGUCAUGAUUAUGUGAUUAUGAUAAUUGUAAUAUUUUAUGACAGCAUUAAAUGUGGAUGUUUCAAAUCUUAUAUUUGUGGCCAUUUUUAUCUCAUUUAAUUGAUCUCUUUGCUUUAAAG